ACUCAGAUGAAGUCUGUUGUGAUGUGCAGUAAAAAAAAAAAAGUCAACUAUAUUAUAACUUAGCAUCUGCACCUUUCAGGAGUACAAUCAAUAUGUUGAUUAGUGAAGUAGGUCAGUGUUCUCUGGAAGAAAAUUUCAAGUUAAUGGAGAUAAAAGACAAGCCUUUAGUACACACAUCCAUGCUCAUAAAAAAUAGGCUGACCAUAUGGCAGCUUUUUCACUAAAUCAUUUUCUUGGGAUUUCUCAAAUGGCCUCUUCAUUGUGCCCAAGGAAGUUGGAAGGAACUGAUAAAAUGAAAUUAAACUGUGCUUGCUCAUUGGCAACAGAUUUCAAUAUGAAACAGUCUACAAUUCUUGCUCAUUUCUCAGUGAGUUAACUUCAAAUUAUUCUUUAAAAAGAAAUUGUUUUACUGAAAACAAGUUUGUGACAAAAUAUCAGCAUCCUUGGAUCCAUAUCUGAUCCUUUGACCACGUCCUUGAUUGAGUUUUUGCAAAUUUAAGAAGAUUAAUCAAAUUAUCCAUAUUAGCACCCUCAUUACACCCUGUACUACUGCUACUUUACUUACUAUGCAGUGCUUCUCUUUCAUGGGUGAAGCCACACAAGGAGGUGUAAUCCAAGUAUGCCAGUGCCAAGAAGACCUUGGCCAAAGUCAUAAUUGCCUUUCCAACUCGGGAAAAAGCCUGGGUUAGACUUGAUCAGCCGGUUCAACACAUAAAAUCUCUCGGGCAGUGUUGAGGUGGUACAUAUUCAUUUUAAAAGGAAACCAAUUUGCAGGAAUAUCAAGGGUCUUUCUGAUAUAUUGAAUUGUUUUAUGUGAUAUUUGCCUAGCAGGUUCAAACAUGACAGACAAGAUCCUCCAAACUGCAAUUGACCAAUGGCUCCUUUGGGACAAGAAUGAAAAAACAAGACAGCAAAUAGAAGAACUUGUCCACAAGAAGGAUAUGGAGCAACUCAGGAUAUUGCUUCUGGAUCGCCAGACAUUUGGCACAGCAGGGAUCAGAGCAGAGAUGGGUCCUGGCAAUAGUUGUCUGAAUGACCUUGUCAUCAUACAAACAAAUCAGGGAUUGGUGACAUAUAUGUCAAGAGUCUUUGAUCAGCUAAAGGAGAAAGGAAUUGUUGUUGGAUUCGAUGCUCGUCAUAAUAGUCACAGCUGGGCCCAACUCACAGCUAGCAUUUUCAUCAACCACGGUGUUCCAGUUUACCUCUAUCCGAAGAUCUGCCCCACCCCAUUUGUUCCUUAUGGGAUUAUAGAGUUUGGAUGUUGUGCUGGAAUCAUGAUCACAGCCUCUCAUAACCCAAAGAAUGACAAUGGUUUCAAAGUCUACUGGAAUAAUGGUGCUCAGAUUGUUUCACCUCAUGACAAAGGGAUCCAGGCAUGUAUAGAGGAAUGCUUGGAACCUUGGGAGACAUCAUGGGAUACAUCAGUCUUGCAAAUGAGCCCACUCAAGAAAGACCCACUUCCUCAGGUAAUGGAUUCCUAUUACAAGUAUUUGGUUGCUAUGUCAUAUGACAGGCAGUUGAAUGCCAACACAGCAAUUAAGUUCACCUUCACACCUAUGCAUGGAGUUGGAGAAGAAUAUGUUGAGCAUGCAUUCUCUGUCUGUGGAUUCAAGCCAUUUGUCAAAGUUGAGAAGCAGAAGGACCCAGACCCUGACUUUCCAACUGUGCCUUUUCCUAAUCCUGAAGAGGGAAAGUGUGCCCUUGAUUUAGCUAUGCAGGCAGCUGCUGAAGCCCACUCUGGUGUCAUUCUUGCUAAUGACCCAGAUGCUGAUCGACUAGGGGUUGCUGAAAAAUUACCCAAUGGAGAAUGGAAAAUCUUCACAGGGAAUGAGAUUGGUGCCUUGCUAGGCUGGUGGCUAUGGCAUUGUUAUAAGCACAAGAAUCCCCAGUGUGACCCAAAUGAUGUAUAUAUGAUCAGUACUGCAGUAUCUUCAAAGAUACUUGCUGCCAUUGCAAAGAAAGAGGGCUUUCACUUUGUGGAAACUUUAACUGGUUUCAAAUGGAUGGGAAACAAGGCUGAAGAAUUCAUGAAGAAAGGAAAAACUGUCCUAUUUGCCUUUGAAGAGGCCAUUGGAUUUAUGUGUGGGCCAAGGCCACUCGACAAGGAUGGCAUCAAUGCUUGUAUUCGACUUGCUGAACUAGUUGCAUAUCUGGAACAGAUUGAGAAGAGGAGUCUCAGUGAGAAACUGCUAAACAUCUAUUCCACGUAUGGGUAUCAUGUGAACCGAAAUUCAUACUACCUCACCCAUGAUCCUGAAAGAAUCAAGGUCCUGUUCAACCGAUUGAGGAACUUCCCUGGAUCUUCCAUUGGUUAUCCAGAGAGAUGCGGUACUUUUCCAAUCAAGCAUGUCCGUGAUCUAACGGUGGGAUAUGACUCCUCCCAAGUGAAUAAGAAACCUAUUCUGCCUACCUCCAAAUCCUCACAGAUGAUCACAUUCUACCUUGAGAAUGGAUGUGUGGCCACUCUUAGAACAAGUGGAACUGAGCCCAAGGUCAAAUACUAUGCAGAAAUCUGUACUGAACCUGAUGGCAUGGAUUGGGCUGCUUUGGAUGAAAUCAUUUCCACAGUUGAACAGCACAUCAUUGAAGAUUUCAUGCAACCCAGUGUCAAUGGACUUCUUCCCAAGCCAGUCUGAUUCCAUCCUUCAUUCUCAUUACUUUAUUCACUCCUCAUUUCCAGAUUGUUGGGAGGAUUCCUUGGGAUGGUGGUACCAUGUUUUUAUGACCAUCACAGGAUAUAAUUAUCCCUUUCAAACUGGAAUUGAUGGUUGGAUAAUUCUUCAUGUUAGUUCUAAAUUGGUAAUUGUAAAUGCUUGAUGGAGUGACUGUUAGUUUACAUGAAUGAAGCCUAACAACGACCAGAGUACAUAGAGAUAGAAGCUUCAUCUCAGCUGCAUUUUGUUCCAUGUGUCGUGGCUUCUUCCUUGCUCUCUGAAAAUUUCCUGGUACUAGUGUGAGAUCUACUUGUCACCAAAGUGCAAUACUGUGUGAUUCCAUUAUUUCAUUUCCUGUCCUAGAGUUUAUACUUCCAUUUAACUAGUGCCUAUUUGCUUUUUUUGGAAAAUAUUGUUUUAGUCAAGUUUGUUUCUUGAAUACUCCAAUUUCCACUCGCUGGAGUAGUCUGCAUUGCCAAUAAUAAUUUACCAGUAUUCUCAUCAUAGGUUCCCCAUGCCUAUGUAGGUUAGUGUUCUGUAUGUGUAUGCAGUUCUGUAUGUACUGGAAAGGGGCUUGCCCAGGAGCAUACAAAAGAGGGGAGAAAAGGUUUAUUUAGAUGUGUUGCUUGAAUUGAGAGCUCCAAGUGAUCCCUGAAAUAUGUCUUACAUCCAACAUACAUUUCAUGUGAUUCAGGAAAUGCAGAUCUGAGGUUUAAUGUUCCUUUUUGUAUCCAUGUGCCCUUAGGGUCUGAUUUGUGUGGGAGGGAGGGUUUAAUUACUGUUGGUCAUAAUUCAGAAUGGGAACCCUUAUUGGCCUGUGGAUUGUGAAGUCCUUGUUAAGUGGAAUCCAUUCCAUUUUCCAAACCGAUUUUGGGUUGGAAGAGCUCAUAUUGCAUCCACAAACGGGUUCUCAAUUGCAUUGGUAACUGUUUAAGUAUGUGCACUGCAUUUUGUUGAAAUGUUUGUUCUUGCUCCAAAUUUCUAUUGCUUGUCAUUAUUUUGGCAAUUGUACACUGAACUGUAGAGGUGGACAUGUGAUUAUUCAAUUCAGGUCUUCCCUUACCUUUUGAAGUUUCAGUCCUCCAGAUAUUUCUCCUGUUGGAGUUUCAAAUGAUGGGAAACUCGUGCCAUGAUUUCUUUCAUUUCAUUUCAAAUUUUUCAUUCUGGGGCAUUGCUGUAAAUUGAAGAAUAAAGAUAUAAGCAACUA